UCGUCAAAUGUAAAUUUUUGAAUUUUAAAAUUCGGUUCCGUUACGAACUAUAAUUUCAAUUCACGACUCGAACGGAAAGAUUUUAAUUAUAAAUUAAAUAUAAAUAUGAGUAAUAAAUUGGAAAUCGAACCUUCUCAUCUAACUUUUACGGGCCCAUAUAAUACUGCAUCAAUAGCUGAAAUUAAAUUGAAGAAUAACGAAUCCGAAGCAGUUUGUUUCAAAAUAAAAACAACAGUUCCAACCAAAUAUCUUGUUUCGCCAACUUAUGGAAACGUUGAAUCUGGUGAAACAGUUUCAAUUAGAGUUAAACUCUUACCAAGUACGUACAACCCGCUAGAAUACAUCAAACAUAAAUUCUUAGUACAGACCAUGCCUGCUCCUCUAAAUGGUAUUGAUCAUGAAAAAAUGUGGAGUAAAGCGGAUCCAGCAAUCAUACGUGAAAAAAAGUUACUAUGUGUCUUUCGUGAAGUAAUCAAUCGUUAUUUCUGAAGAAAGUUCAAAUCUGUAGUUAGUUCAUACGUCUAAUAUUACCGAAGCCGCUUCCUUAAAGUAAAAAAUUUAAAGAUUUAACAGUUGAGAAUGUUAUGUUAACAGCGCAAAAAACUAAUGAGGAAUUGAAGGUGAUCAGACAUCGCGGCCAAAUUUAGACUUAUUUUGGGUUUAAGUUUAAAUGUAUAAAAGGUCCUUUUUUCUAUACUAAAUAAUAAUAGAUUUAAAAGCAUUAGGCCCGUAAUCAUAUCCACUUUGUAUCAUGUCAGCUUAUAUAUAAAUCCGGCUCUUAUUUCUUUUGAAUUUGCUUAAUGAGGUUUUUCGGCUAUGACUUUCUACAAGUAUUUAAGACACUUUAUAAACAAAAUAUAUUCGUUUCAUUAAUUACCUGAAACAUAAAAACACGCAGGCAAGUAGAACCAUCUUCUUUAAUUCUGUUCCUAAUAAUGAUCAGUUUUGGUUGGUACGUCACUUUAUUUUCAUCUCUUAUUCCGUUUAAAUCUAAACUACAGGACAAUAAACCAUAAUAUGUUGAAACAAUAACAUUUUAGAUCUACAUUUUUUCUAAGUAAUGAUUUGAAUUAUAUCAUUAUCUUAAUAUUAUUAUAUACAAAUAAAGUAUAACUAGGACAUCGAGCGAAUUUGUCAUAUCGCGAUAGAAUUGAUGCGGAGCCGAAGGAGAGAAGCGGUUUCUACAUCUGUUUGUUAGGCACAGAAGAGUACAGUAUCUGACGGACGUAAACAGGUGAAUUUUGCACUUGUCUCAACAAAAGAGGCUAUCCUCGUACCUCCAUGCCACGAGAGACACGAUCCUCGCACUGGUCAGGUACGGAGAGAGUUCUUUUAAAUAAAAUAUGGUAACAGAUAGGGGCCACCGGAAUUUUAAAUGUUGCCGGGAAAGUUAAGCGAUUCGUUGCUGGAUUUAAAUGGAGUCACAUUACAUUGCUGGAUUCCAGGGCCGUGCCGUGCUAUGAUGCAGAGAUGCGGCCGCAUCAGGCGGCACCGUGAGAGGGCGGCAUAAAAAACAUUUAAGGGGCAGAAUUUCAAAGACUUGCAUCAUACUUAGAAAAUUUACCGCACGGCCCUGGUAAGAUACACCAAAUAAUAAGAAUUAUAGCCUAUAUAAGACUAAUAAUUUAUAUAAGGGGCGGCAUUUCGAAGACUUGCAUCAUACUUAGAAAAUCUACCGCACGGCCCUGCUGGAUUCCUCGUCUCAAUUAAUGGGAAAUGGCAAAAUUUUAUCAAAAUCGAUCCAUUAAAUUUCGAGAACGAACACAAUUUUGUAAGCCUCGUAGAAGAAGCUUCUCUAACGUUCCCUUCAAAUAUAAUUAAUAUCUUAUAACAUAUAACAGUAUAUUAAUAUAUAAAAGCUUGUUUAAAUAAAUAAUAAAAUUAUAUCUUU